ACAGGAAGUUGGCUUGAAAACCAGAACGGAAACCGAAUCUAUCCUAAAAUGGAUUAGUUUUUUAAAAGUGCUGUUAUUGUUUUCAUGUUGCAGACUCUUCGAACGAUGUCUAACGCGGGGAGGAGCGGAGACAUCAUCCACCUGAAUGUCGGAGGGAAGAGGUUCAGCACCUCCCGACAGACCCUGACCUGGGUUCCUGACUCAUUUUUCUCCAGUCUUUUGAGUGGUCGGAUCUCGACUCUGAAGGAUGAAACUGGAGCUAUCUUCAUCGACAGGGACCCCUCUCUGUUCGCUCCCAUCCUCAACUUCCUGCGGACCAAAGAGCUGCACCCCCGCUCCAUCAACGUGCACAUGCUCAUGCACGAGGCCGAGUUCUACGGCAUCACGCCGCUGGUGCGUAAGCUGCAGCUGUGUGACGAGCUGGACCGAUCUUCCUGUGGAAACGUGCUGUUCAACGGCUACCUGCCUCCACCAGUGUACCCAGCGAAGCGUCGGAACCGUCACAGCGUGGCGGGGUCACAGUUCAUGGGGAGCCGAGUCAUGCCUGUGGAGAGAGCACCGGUCAGACGGAGCAACACCAUGCCCCCCAACCUGGGCAACUCUGGGAUUCUGGGCAGGACCAGCACUGAAGAGAGGCCGUCUAUAGGUCUGUCAUCAGAUUCCGGCAUGGUUCGGAUCAUCUGUGGUCAUCAUAACUGGAUCGCUGUGGCCUACGCACAGUUUGUCGUCUGCUACAGGGUGAAGGAGUCGACCGGGUGGCAGCAGGUCUUCACCUCUCCUCGUCUGGAUUGGGUGAUCGACAGAGUUGCGCUCAACGCCAAGGUGAUGGGCGGCUCUCUGGGGGACAACGACAAGAUGGUGGCCGUUGCCUCGGCGACAGAGAUCAUCCUGUGGGCCAUCUGUCCGGAUGGCAAUGGAAAUGAAAUCGGUGUCUUCAGUCUGAAUGUGCCGGUGGAGGCGCUCUUCUUCGUUGGUAACCAGCUGAUCGCCACCAGUCAUACGGGGAAGGUCGGAGUGUGGAACGCUGUCACCAAACACUGGCAGAACCAGGAUGUGGUUCCCAUCAGCAGCUAUGACACCGCCGGCUCCUUCCUCAUCCUGGGCUGCAACAACGGAUCCAUCUACUACAUAGACGUUCAGAAGUUUCCUCUCAGGAUGAAGGAUAACGAUCUGCUGGUGACGGAGCUGUACAGAGACCCGACUGAAGACGCCAUCACCGCUCUCAGCGUCUACCUCACUCCCAAAACCAGCGACAGCGGGAACUGGAUCGAGAUUGCGUAUGGGACCAGCUCUGGGACGGUUCGAGUCAUCGUUCAGCACCCGGAGACCGUCGGAUCGGGGCCUCAGCUCUUCCAGACCUUCUCUGUCCACCGCAGCCCCGUCACCAAGAUCAUGCUGUCCGAGAAGCACCUCAUUUCAGUUUGCGCAGACAACAACCACGUCCGAACAUGGACGGUGACUCGGUUCAGAGGGAUGAUCUCCACCCAGCCCGGAUCCACGCCGCUCACCUCCUUCAAGAUCCUCAGCCUGGACGACGUCGAUGGACACGGAGGCUGCAGCGCCGGGACAGAGAUAGGUCCGUAUGGAGAGAGAGACGACCAGCAGGUUUUCAUUCAGAGAGUCGUACCAGACACAGAUAAACUGUUCGUCAGACUGUCGUCCAACGGAAAGAGGGUGUGUGAGGUGCGCUCAGUAGAUGGCACCUCCAUCACGGCCUUCAUGGUUCACGAGUGCGAGGGCUCGAGCCGCAUUGGCUCUCGGCCGCGGCGCUACCUGUUCAGCGGCCACAGCAACGGCAGCAUCCAGAUGUGGGACCUGACCACCGCCAUGGAGAUAGCCGGCAAGGUCGACAUCAGAGCGCUGGGCGGGCCAACGGAGGAGGAGCUGCUGGAGCUGUUGGACCAAUGUGACCUGGCUCUGACCAGAACGCCCGACAGUACACCUAGAGCCUCUACCUGCAGUCUCCACUCUCAGCUCAGUGACGGCUUCAGGACGGAGCGUCUCCACACUGCAGGACGAGGAGCUGGAGCUUCGGGUUCGUCGCCUUCUCUGUGCGGCAGCCUCCCCCGGCAGGCUCCGCCCCCUGUCCCGCUGACCAAACCAGCCCGAGAGCUCGGCCUCUCAGCCGGAGCCGGACCACAGACCCUCGCCGUCCCCGGGCCUUCCUUCACCCAUGGUUUCAACUCCAGCCCCAACCAGACCGCUAGCCCCCACUCCCCCAGACACCUGGACCGGGACAGAGAGUUGGGGUCUGUCCGUAGGGGGAGCUUCGUGGAGCGCUGCCAGGAACUUGCUAAGGGUUCAGAAGCAGCUGGGGCCUCGGGGUUUGGGGUCCUGACGGGUUCGGACGGCGUCAGGCGGAGCUUAGCGGUGUGCAGUGAGUUAGAGGCCAGAUUCGGCCUCAGGACUCCGAGCACCUUCUCUGUGUCGCCCGCUGCUCGGCAUUCGCCUGGAACACCUUCAUCACUGUCAUCAUCUCCGUUAUCCUCAUCCUCAUCACACCGCAGGGCCAUGUCUACUUCCCCAACGAGCCCCGCCCCCUCAGCGGUAAGCCCGACGCGGUCUCAGACCGCCGUCUCACCUCGCCGCAGCGCUGCAGCAUCUGCUGCUGACGUCCCGGCAUCACCCGAGAGCCCCGUGAAUCCAGACAGCCCCGCUACUGCCCCCGCCAACAGCCCCAAACCACACAUGAACGAGACCAGCUUCUGAUUGGCUGACGCUCAGAGCCAAUCAGUGGAAAACUGAAAAACGUCCUGUCAGAACAGACGGUUUCCUGAGCACUGACGUGUUUUCAGCAGGUUUGGAGAUCUGUCGCCUGAACAGCGGGCAGGUUUGAGUGAUUAGCCAAUCAGCUGUCAAUCCCGUUGCCGUGGUUACCGCAUUCUGGUCAGUUGUUUCUUGUUUUCCAGUUGACAGGAUCAUGACUGACGAGCCGACGUGAGGUGGGAGACGAAUGUGAAGCCCCAGAAGAACGGCUGAAAGUCUCUAUGUCACUGAAGCAGCACUGAUCAAUACUUUUACAUGAUCAAUAAAUCGGUGUGACGUUAAAGGGCUCACUCACCUGUUCACUAAACCCCAGAGUCACUGCUGCUAUGCCUCACUCUUCAGCCGACAGCGUGACAUGAACGCAGCUUUAACUGCACUGUUCUUCUUUGUUUCCGUGCUCUGUCCGUUCCUCUGCCGGCUGCGACGGGUGGAGUCUGUUUUUUAAACGAAACAAGCAAACAAGACGUUUGUAUGGAAGCUUUAUUUUUUUAAUUUGUAUGUUUGGUUUGUUCGGUAACAUGUAAAUUCAUACUGUGAUGAAAAAACAUGUCGUCUUCACUGAGCUGAACCUGAACGUCUCACAGUCACGGUCACAGUGUUCGUUUUGAUGCUGCCAAAUUAUCCUCAGCCGUCUGAGUUUUGUGUCUGAGUCAGUGUUUUCCUAAUCAUUCCUGCACAGAACAACAUUCAUUCGUUAUUAUUUCAUUAUUUCUAACUUUAUUCUUUAAAUAAUGUUUGAAGUCAUGUGUCACCGUUCAGUUCAGGCCUUCGUUGUGUUUGUUUGUGCUACAGCACUGGAAAGUACAUUUACUCAAGUACUGCACUGAAGUACAAUUUGAAGGUACUUGUACUGCACAUGAGUAUUUCUGUUUUCACCACAUUUCAGAGAGAAAUAUUUACUUUUUAGUCCACUACAUUUAUCAGGCAGCUGCAGUUCUAAAAUCUUAAAAUUGACUUGGGGAACCUGCAGCAUCCAUAUUAUUUUAAUUCUUUCCUGGAAACCUCUGAGGAAGUGACUGGGAAAAUAUGGACUGUUAAAGCGAAGUGUUCAGACUCCUUUUAAUUUGAUGUUUCCAGUCGAAACAGAGAGUCGUCUGCCAUCCACUCCUCCUGUAAGUCUGCCUUUUAUAUCCUUGACACUGGUUUUACUGUCCGUCACUGGUUUGUCUCAUUUAUUCAUUUCACCUUAAACAAACACGCCUCAGUUUUCAGCAUUUUGUCUGAUCUUUCUUCUACAGUCUGUGACGUGAACGUUCAGAGCCACAGAUUCUCUUUAGCUUUAAAAGAACUGGUUAAAAAAAUGAAUGCAAAUAAUUUCAUUUUCAUUAGGAUUCCCAGGUUUCCUAUGACCCUUGAAUGCAGCAGUUUUCUGUUUCUCUGUGGCCCUGAACUCCUCACGCGCAUUUAGUUUGUCUGCUCUCUGCUCAGUGAUGAUUGAAGACGAGCUGUGUUUCACAUGAACUGCUCUGUAAUCAGCUGGUCUCAGGUCAGCACUGAGGAGGUUUCAAUGUUUCUGUCUAAAGCUGUGAGAGAUGAAUCAGACUGUGUGUUUUUAACCAAACAGCUUUUCUAACAGUCUUUGUAAAAAAUAAAUAAAAGAACUGA